AAAUAGGCGGCCGCCGCCGCUGUCGCCUCAUCGCGAGCGGAGCGACAGCAGCGAGAGCACUGAGAGCAGCGAGAGCAGCAGCAGCAGCAGCAGCAGCGCCGCUUCCCUGCAGCAGCCAGGAGCCAGGCAGGGCCAGCCCUUUCCCGGUUGCCUCGCCUUGAGAUUUUCCUCCUUUUUGUUUUUAAUUUUUUUUUUUCAAAAUAAAAGGGAAUAUUUUUUUAAUUUUUUUUUUUUUUUUGCAUCCAGAUUUCUAGCAAAAUUUAGCGGCAGAGCUCGCUCUCGCUCCCUCCAAGCACGCAGCGGCGGUAUUUGUGCCGUUCCUGCCGGCUUUGUGCCCUGAAGCCCCGUCCCUCCUCUUCCUCCUCCUCCCCCUCCGCCGUAUAGCCUUAACGCGACUCCGAGAAGCACCCGAAAGCGCCGCAGCCGCUUGUUCAAACCACCCCCAAAGCGACGACUGCAACGAAAAGCCUUUUUUUUUUAUCAUAUUUUCCCCCCCCCCUUUUAUUUUUUUCCCCCCUCCUCCCUCUCCCCCGCAAACACACCAAGGUGGACGCGGAGCGCAAAAAGACCUUUGUUUUAAAAAUGCCCAUGGAGCUGACGCAAAGCCGCAUCCAGAAGAUUUGGCUUCCCAAUGACAACCGCCCGGCUCUGCCCCGCCGCUCCUGUGGGCCGCAGCUUGCCAAUUCCCCCACCGUGAUAGUGAUGGUUGGCCUCCCAGCCCGUGGGAAGACCUACAUCUCCAAGAAGCUGACUCGCUACCUCAACUGGAUUGGUGUCCCAACAAAAGUUUUCAACGUGGGGGAAUAUCGCCGUGAGGCGGUGAAGCAUUAUAGCUCCUAUGACUUCUUCCGCCCCGACAACGAGGAGGCCAUGAAAGUCAGGAGGCAAUGUGCCCUGGCCGCCUUGAGGGAUGUCAAGCUGUAUCUGACGGAGGAGGCUGGCCAGAUUGCGGUUUUUGAUGCCACAAAUACCACGCGGGAGAGGAGAGGGAUGAUCCUAAACUUUGCCAAAGAAAAUGGGUUCAAGGUGUUCUUCAUUGAAUCUGUCUGCAAUGAUCCCACGGUAGUUGCCACCAAUGUUAUGGAAGUAAAAUUGUCCAGCCCUGAUUACCGGGACUGUAAUUCGACCGAUGCCAUGGAGGACUUCAUGAAGAGGAUCAAUUGUUACCAGGCCAGCUACCAGCCACUCGACCCUGAUGACUAUGACCGGGAGCUUUCUCUCAUCAAAGUCAUCGAUGUUGGCCGGCGGUUCCUGGUCAACAGGGUUCAGGAUCACAUCCAGAGCAGGAUUGUUUACUACCUGAUGAACAUCCAUGUCCAGCCCCGCACCAUUUAUCUCUGUCGGCAUGGUGAGAGCGAGUUCAACCUCAAGGGGAAGAUUGGAGGUGACUCAGGCCUUUCCAACAGGGGCAAGAAGUUUGCACUGGCUCUGAACAAGUUUGUUGAGGAGCAGAACAUGAAGGACCUCAAAGUCUGGACCAGCCAACUAAAGAGGACCAUCCAAACAGCAGAAGCUCUACAGCUGCCCUACGAGCAGUGGAAGGCACUCAAUGAAAUAGAUGCUGGUGUGUGUGAAGAAAUGACAUAUGAAGAAAUCAGGGAGCAGCAUCCAGAGGAAUUUGCUUUACGUGAUCAGGAUAAAUAUUACUACCGCUAUCCUUCUGGGGAGUCCUACCAAGAUCUGGUGCAGCGCCUAGAGCCAGUCAUCAUGGAGCUGGAGAGACAGGAGAACGUCCUUGUGAUCUGUCACCAGGCUGUCAUGCGCUGUCUCCUGGCAUACUUUCUGGACAAGAGUGCAGAUGAAAUGCCCUACCUGAAGUGUCCCCUUCACACAGUGUUGAAGCUGACCCCAGUGGCCUAUGGCUGCCGGGUGGAGUCCAUCUCGCUGAACAUCGAAGCUGUCAACACCCACAGGGAACGGCCAGAGGAAGCAAAGAAGGGACCUAACCCGCUCAUGAGACGUAAUAGCGUUACCCCUCUAGCAAGCCCAGAGCCCACCAAAAAACCUCGCAUCAACAGCUUUGAGGAGCAUGUGGCUGUUUCUUCCGCCCUGCCAGGCUGUGUUCCUCAGGAAGUGCCCACGCAGCUGCCUGGACAACCUUUACUAGGGAAGGCAUGCCUAACAUGAACAACUCACAGAAGCCGUCAUGACUCUGUUGGCGCUGUCGCGAGGCCACCGGCGACGCCAGCUUCCCAUCCCAUCGCCAUUUCUGAAGCUUGCUUAUAAACCGAUCUCCUCCGUCUGCAGCGAGGUCGACCCUCGGCUGUUUCUACCCACGCCCGUUCAUCUGCAAACCGCUCUGCUGAAAGGGGGGAGAGAUGCAGGAGAGCGGAGGAGAGGAGCCGAGCUCCCCGGGGUCACCACCCCAUCUUUAGGCUGCAGCGUUCGCUCUCCUCUCCGGCGUCCCGUUAGAUCGUAGCAAGCUGUAAAGUGCUUCUAGCGCACAGGAGUUUCAUUUUCCUCUGUAAGCGGUUUUGAUCUGCUUUUGUAUAGGUGAUUGGUACCCAUCCGCCUCUGGGUGGGGUGUAUAUAUGUGGAUGGUGCGGGGUUAGCAAAGAAAUAGGGGGAAGGGGGGGGAGCGAAGGGGUUUUGCUUUUUUUUUUUAAUUAUUAUUAUUAGUAAUAUCAAUUACUUUACAAGAAAGCCCCUAACGUGCUGUGCUGCAGUCCUUUAGCCAUGCUACAGCCUGUCGAACGCGCGAGCCUGGCUUACCCAGGCCGGCGAGCACCAGGAAAGCAGUUGUGUGAAGUCCUUCACAGUGAGUACUGCUGGCUUUAACAAAAAAAAAAAACAAACACCCAAACCCCCCCAAACUCACCAAAACAUUCUUUUUUUUGUUUCGUUUUAAUCAGUACACCUUAAAGGGGUUUGCAGACAAUGUAGACCUGCUUCUAAAACUGGUCCUGAUGAUCUGAGUUCAGGUGUGUUUUGAUUUUUGGGGGGGGCUGAGCACCAGUUGAGGUGCUGUGCCAGUACUUCAUCUACCCUUUCCUCUGCCUUGGAGGGAAGCUGAUAUUUUUUUGGGGGGGUUUGAAUCCCUGCAUCUUUGCAGGACUUAGCAGGUGGCCAGGCUGAGCUGGAUGCAUUUUGCAGACACACAGGUCUCGUGCAGGUGGUCUGGCUGGGAUGCAGGAGUCCCUGUGUGGCUGCAAAAAGCGACAAGAAGGGACAGUUUUGUCUGUGUUCUCUCUUUUUUUUUUUUUUUUUAUUUAAUAGAUAUACAUGCACACACACGUGUGUGUGUGUAUAUAUGUGUAUAACUAGAAACCGCUUGGUUUUUGCACUUUAUUUGUUGCAGGAGCAUAACUAUUUGAUUUUUUUUUUUUUCAAAUCGUGCCCCUUAACAGGGGAGGCCUGAAUAUAAGCAACUUUUUUUUUUAUUAUUUGAUUUUAUUUUAUUUUAUUUUGCAUGCUGGAAAGCUGGGACUACAAAAACCAAGUAGUUACGGCAUUCAAGGUGUGGGGGGGGGGAGGGAAAGGGGGCGAGGUUGUGACUGAAACUCCAUCAGCCAACUCCCAGUGGUUUGAUACGCGAGAUCCCUUCUUGGCAGCCUGCUCCGGGCUGCGAGACCGUGAUUAAAAAUGACAAUUAACCACUAUUGCUUUGUGCAACAGUCUGUGGAUUUUGAAAUUUCUUUUUUCUUUUUUUUUUUUUUUAAACAGUUUUGAGUUGGCUUUUUUUCCCCGCUCCGAUGUGCAGCAUCUUCUCCAUCCCCAUCUCGUGCUUUUUGCCUGCACGGCUGAGCUGGAGGCAGGAGGUGACAGCAGCCAAGCCCUUCUGCAGCGCAGAGAGAGUUUUGGGGAGAAAUUAUGAUUUUUUUUUAAAUUUUUUUUUUCACAUGUAUGUUUUUUGGGGGCGGGGGGGGGUUGGUCUGUUUUUCCUUUGGGAAAAGGCGAACCACAGUGCCUAGCGCUUCAGCCUCGUGCACCCGAAGCACGUGCUCGGAGCGGCACCGACGGUGGGAGGGGGCCGGGACCACGCUCGGUCCGUAUCCGACCAGGGGAGAUGGUCUCGGCAGUGCCCUGCCUGUGUGAGCUUGUGCAUACGUGUAUUAUAUUCCUGUACAGAUGAAACAAAGAACUUCCCCCCCCCCCCCCAUUUCUUUUUUUAAUAACUGCAUUAAAAGCAGACAUCUCCCUGUGUGCGCGGUUGACAUCUGCCCUUUCGGUUUCUCUCUGACUUUGAGAAAAACUAAUGUUUUGGGAAGGCGAGUCACUUGUCUUUGCAGCCUACUUCCUGGGGAGUUUUAUCUUUCUCCUCCUGCUACGAAAAGAUAAGCCGGCAAAUGCAAAUGUGACGUCUGGCUGCACCAUGAUCAAUCCUGUACACAUGUAAUUCUGCAGAUGUUUUGACGUGUAUUUGUGUGUGUGUAUAUACAUAUAUAUAUAUAUAUAAAAAAGAUAUAUAUAUAUAUAAAAAAAAACAGCAAAAAAAAAAAUUACCCUAAACUUUCUUCCUUUGGAAAUAAUAGAAGUCUCAAUAUGUCCUAUAAAAAGAUGAAACAUAAACCUGGCGUUUUUUCCAGCAAGGAGAAAAUCGGUCUCUGAGCAGCAGAGGAGAGGUCCUCCCGUGCUGGGGGGGGUUGGCGGUAGGUGGGAUGAUGUCAGCCCCGUGCCAUCACACUGCCCCAAAAAUUUGCUGCCCAUUGGUUUUGGUUAACGGAGCCAAGGAUGGGGCAGCGAUGCUGCAGCCAAGGCAGGUGGGGAGAGGAGACUUGGCAAACCACACCAAUGAUUUCCCCCCCCCCCCCCCCCCCUUAUUUUUUCUUCCUGGAUUUGUUUUCCUUUGUGAUACUUGAAUUUAUUUUUUUAUUAUUGUUUUGAUAGCAAAGCGCUCUUUAUUUAUUUAAUGUAUACUGCAAAGCUUGGAGAGAAGGGUAGUUACUUGGGAUUUUUUUUUUUUUUUGAUUUCUGGUAUGUUACCUGUUCUGUAUAUAUGUCUGGAAUAAUUGCCUGAUACAAAGCUGUGCCAGCUUAAAAACAGGGUAUGCCUUUCAGAAAUUUGUAUAUUUUGCAGUUGCUGGACCAAUAAAAUAUCUUGUUGAA